AUGCGUUUCUUCGAUGUUGCAGUGACUUUCACCGCGGAUCAGUUCCGCGGUAUCUACCGGGGCAAGAAAUACCAUGAGCCAGAUUUUGCAGAGGUUCUGAAUCGAGCCAAAGAUUACGGAUGCGAAAAGAUCAUGCUCACCACCAUGUCUCUAACUGGAGUUGAACAAAACCUCCAGUUAGUCAGGGAGUUUCCUGAGUUAUGCAAAAUGACAAUUGGGGUGCAUCCGUAUCAUGCUUGCGAGAUCUACGCGGAUCAUGAUGAAGGAUCUAAAGACGGCCAUAAUACACAUCUCGAACAAAUACAACAGCUAGCGAAAAGUCUCCUGGCAGAAAUCUCUUCUCCAUUGGCGGCCUUUGGAGAAAUCGGACUUGAUUAUGUCUACCUGGAUUGUGCAGACAAGGACACACAAAAACGCGCAUUCCGAGAUCAACUGGAACUGGCUACACAGCUACAACUGCCUCUAUUUCUGCAUGUUCGUGAGUCAACUGCGGACUUUAUUUCUAUACUCAAGCCCUAUUUACCGAGAUUACCGCGCGGCGGACUGGUACAUUCCUUUGCAGGCACAAAGGAUGAAAUGCUUCAGUUGGUGGAACUGGGGCUUGACAUCAGCGUCAACGGUAUAUCAUUUCGAACAGAUGAACAAAUUGAGAUGGUAAAAUAUAUUCCAUUGGAUAGAUUGCAACUCGAAACAGAUGCUCCGUGGUGUGAGCUUUCGAGCAAUGAUACAAAAAUAAACCAGUUCCUGGAAGCCGCGAGGCCUUUGCCCCCGAGUCGAAAACAUAAUAAGUUUAUCUUGGGUCAGAUGGUCAAAACGAGAAAUGAAAGCUGUACUAUUGAACGAGUUGCAUUUGUUGUGGCGGGACUGAAAGGAGUGACUAUGGAGGAGGUGGCUGAGGCAGCGUGGAGGAAUAGUUGCCGGAUGUUUUGGCAAACGUAA